AUGGUAGAUUCCAUUCGUGUCGAAACCUCUAAAGGAAAUACACGAGGAAACGAUUCUGCCAGUAUUACUAUUACAUCAGGGUUAUUACCACGCAAUAGAAAGAGACCAAGGGAAGAUAGCGAUCAAGAGUUAGAAAAUGAUGUCAAUUUUAGCACAACAAAUUUGCAAGGUACACUGGAACAGUUGAUGAAGGAUAAAGGGUUUGUUCAGCUAACAACAAGUGCUAUUCAAAAAGCACAAGAUGCAGCUACAAAAAUAUUGGAUUGGAUAUCUAAAACCCCUUCCCGGUCUAAUCUAUAUGAUGCCUAUUUAAAAUCUCUCUUUAAAAUGUGGACAUCUGUACCUCCUGCUAAUGGUCAUAUUAGAGAGCAAGUCUGGAGUCGAUUCAGCUACUUCUGUUCUUCUGAAGAGUACGUCCAGUUUUGGAAAUCUGUUCAUCAGGAGGCUGGUGUAACAGAUGCAUCACCUCUCCUUUCUUUCUACACAACAUACAACAUGUUUACGAAUUUAUGGAAAGAAGCUUACCCUGUUCAUGGUGUAGUGGGUAUAUCUAGGUCCACUGAACCAUUAACAGAUGAUGAAAGGAAGGCAAUGUGGUAUGUUGGUGGAUAUUUUAUUAAAAAUCUCACUAAAAAAAUCAAUUCAAAAAUUGGCAGUCAUCCCAAAUACACUCACGACUUGUUACUGAUACUUGAAAGUCUUGAAGAGACAGAUGAGAGGGUAGAAGACGAUGAAACGAAUGAUGAGCUACACAUAAAAUCAAAGGACUGGUUUAAUGCCAUCAAUAGGGGAGGACUCACGCGCUGCACAAAUGAGUUUUACAACUUUAUGAUAAACUUAGAAAAAGAGAUCAAGAGGAUGCUAGAAGAAUUAGAUGAGUUUACUACAGAGCAGAAAAUAGACAAAAACAAAGUUAUAACUCACUUGAAAUCAAGCAAGUCUAUAACAAGUUCUUGGGAGGAACUCAGGAGUGCAGACGAGCUAAUGGCUAUACUUCUAGAUCUGCUGCUUCAGGAGUACAUUAAUUUCAGAAUAUUUUCUGACACUAACAAAAUUAUGGAGCAGUACAAACUUCAGAAAAAAACCACCCUUCAGAAAAAGAAAAGUCUUCGUAGAAAUAUACAAAACUAAGCACAGCUCACUACUAGACUACCACUACGCACCACUCAUUUAGAUCUAUG